GUGCGUUCCUAGACGUACAACACCAAAAGUAGCCGUACAUGUCUAUCUCUAGCCAGACUUCGCAUGUUUGGGUGGGUCCAGUGGUUCCUUCCUCUCAAGGCUCGCCUCACCACUGCCAGUAUACAAGUAUCUUUAGCUGCUCAAGGACCAAACCAUGCCUCCACCAUCCCACACCAAGCUGUUAGGCAACCAAGAUAUCUCGCCUACGGAGAUCAACGCUACCGUUAUGCACACCAUACAGCAAACGCGGCCUGUCCCAGCCCGCGAAUAGAUGAUCGUUAGUAGUUACGCUGCACAACCACCAGGCAGCACGACGCCUUUCAAGCUGCACCCAAGACUUGCCUAUGCAGUCCCUUGCCCCAUCGCUUUCCCCUGUUCGUCACUGCGGACGGCAACAGUCGUCUCGAUUGGAUAUUGCGCAACGCUCUGAC